UUACAAUGUAAAACAAUUACAAAGAUUUAAAAAUAAAAACAAACUGAUAAUAACGAUUCUAUUACAAUUCUUACACUAAACAAAAAAAAAAAUGUCAUGAUUUAUAAUCUUUACAGCCUAGACUCAUAAAAUAAAAAUGUUUAGAACUUAGAGUUACCCGUUUAUGAGGGUAGAAAAGAAGCCAUAGCAGUCCAAAACACUCUAAACUCAGUCGACACAAUAAGUGCGGUGACCACUGUGGCCGAAACAAGUUGAGAGAAAACGAAAGGGUGGUAUGAGAUUUUUACUGUAAGCUGCUUAUCCACACCCAGUUGAUAGUUGUUGUUAUCGCCUGUAUGUGGAGUUCUUAAGUCAUUUCAGUUCUAGCAAUUGGAGCAUAGAGAGGAGAAAAUUCACUGUGUUUGGAAUAGAAAAAACAUGGAGGGCAAGUCUAGAAUCAAGAAAGAUGUUACUGAAUUGAUUGGCAAUACACCAAUAGUUUAUAUCAAUAAUGUUGUGGAUGGCUGUGUAGCCCGCGUUGCUGCAAAGCUAGAAAUGAUGGAACCUUGCUCCAGUGUUAAAGACAGGAUAGCACACAGUAUGAUUCAAGAUGCUGAGGAGAAGGGUCUAAUCACGCCAGGGAAGACUGUCCUUGUUGAGCUUACCAGUGGCAACACUGGCAUUGGGUUGGCGUUCAUUGCAGCAGCAAAGGGCUACAAGGUUAAAUUAGUUAUGCCAAGUUCUUACAGUGUCGAAAGAAGAAUUGUGCUUCUAGCUUUCGGAGCUGAGUUGUACCUCACAAACCCUGAAAAGGGAUUUCAAGGGGUUUUAGAUAAGGUCUCCGAGCUGCUAAAUGAUACCCCCAACAGUUACAUGCUCAAUCAAUUUGAAAAUCCUGCCAAUCCGAAGAUACAUUAUGAGACCACUGGCCCCGAGAUAUGGAGAGAUUCUGACGGGAAAGUUGAUGCCUUUGUAGCAGGGAUAGGGACUGGGGGUACAAUAACAGGUGUAGGGAAGUUUCUGAAGGAACAGAACCCAAACAUCAAGGUUUAUGGGGUAGAGCCAGUUGAAAGUGCAAUCUUGAACGGUGGAUCACCAGGGAAACAUUCCAUCCAAGGAAUUGGAGUUGGUUUUGUCCCAGAUGUUCUGGAUGUUAAGCUACUUGAUGAGGUUAUUCCAGUAUCAGCUGCCGAAGCUAUUGAAACCGCUAAACAGCUUGCUUUAAAAGAGGGUUUGCUGGUAGGAAUCUCAUCUGGUGCUGCAGCUGCAGCGGCCAUUAAGUUGGCAAAAAGGCCCGAAAAUGCUGAAAAACUCAUCGUGGUUUUGUUCCCAAGCUUCGGAGAACGUUACCUAUCAACUACUCUUUUUGAUUCCAUAAGGCAUGAGGCUGAAAACAUGACUUUUGAGUAAACUGUACAGAGGUUCCAGGAGACUGCUAUUGCUACUGAUUCUUGACUCUUUUGAGUGAGACUCAGAACAAACCUUUAGACUGAACUAUUUUAUAAAUACCUUUAAACUUGUUAAACAAAACAAAUUAUCAAUAUGAGAAUUUCUUUGAUUUAUAAAACUCCAUCGAACUCCAGCUAUGUAACCAUUUUGGUUGCAUAGAAUGUCCCUGUAUAAAUAAAUGUAAUGUAAGGAUGUAAAUUUUUCCUAUCACUGAGUUUGUGAUAAUCAUAAACAAACUUAUUAUCAAA